AUGGAUUCCAGCGCGGCCAAUGGGGGCUUAUCGCCUCGAAGUUUUGCGAUGCAGCACCAGCGUCCCCGGGCCAGCUUCCAGGGUUGUUCACGAAUCUCCGACUACGAACUUCUUGGCAAGCUGGGUGAGGGUACCUUCGGUGAAGUUCAUCAUGCGAGAUCUCGUAAGACGAAUGCCCACGUCGCCGUCAAGAAGAUCAUCAUGCACCACGAAAAGGAUGGCUUCCCCAUCACGGCAUUGCGAGAAAUCAAACUUCUGAAACUGCUCUCUCACAAAAAUGUCCUGCAGCUGGUGGACAUGGCUGUGGAGCACCCUCAGAGAGCCAGCGACAAGCGCAAGCGUCCGAUCAUGUACAUGGCAACUCCGUACAUGGACCACGAUCUGUCGGGUCUUCUCGACAACCCUUCCGUUCAUUUCACCGAACCUCAGAUCAAAUGUUACAUGUUGCAGCUCCUUGAGGGAUUGCGAUAUUUGCACGACAGCCAUAUCCUGCAUCGAGAUAUGAAGGCUGCCAAUCUUCUUAUCAACAACAAAGGCAUCCUCCAAAUCGCCGACUUCGGUCUAGCAAGACACUACGAAGGACCUACGCCGAAGCCAGGGCAUGGCGCAGGGGAGGGAAAGAGGGAAUACACUGGCCUUGUCGUCACAAGAUGGUAUAGGCCUCCGGAAUUGUUGCUUCACCUGAAAAAGUACACAACCGCAAUUGACGUCUGGGGUGUCGGCUGCGUCUUUGGCGAAAUGCUCGUUGGAAAGCCGAUUUUGGCUGGCGAGAGCGACACUCACCAACUCGACAUCAUUUGGGAUCUGAUGGGGUCGCCCACACCGGAGAAUAUGCCUUUGUUCAAUACUCUGCCUGGCGCCGAAGCAGUAGCCCCACGCCCUCGGUCUGGCAGCAUAUCCAACAAGUUCAGAGAGUACGGAACCGGAGCAGUCUCUUUACUUAAGGAGCUUCUCAGACUGGACUGGAGAAGUCGCAUCAAUGCCGCCGACGCGCUCAACCAUCCAUACUUCAAAAUGGCCCCCAUGCCAGCCGAACCAGGAGACCUUCCUACCUUCGAGGACAGUCAUGAAUUAGACAGGCGAAAGUUCCACGAUCGCCAGGCAAAGCUCCCACCGGCGCCUAAGGGAGGCACGGUGGGCAUGGGUCCCGAGGCGCACGGCGCAAAUGCCGGGUUUAACAAUACCGAUGCUUACAGCAACCGCAAUGGGGUGAACGGCCGCAACGCCAAUGUGCCUGGAGGUCACAGAAACGGCGGCGACGAACGCCGACCAGCUUGGCAGCGAGACAGAGGUUUGCCUCCGCGACCGCCACCACCCGAGUAUGCCAACGGCGGCCCCAUGCCGCCACGUGAAGACUACCGAGACAGAGACAGAGACAGGAGGCCAAGAAGUCGGGGAGGAAGAGCUCCCGAUGUGGAUACCUAUAUCCCGAGCUACAGAGAUGACGUUCCUCAAAGACACAGAGACGACCGGCCUCCCCGCGACCGCCGUCGCAACAGUAGAGACGAGCGAUGGCACGAGCGAGACUGGGACCGCCGGACCCGGAGCCGUAGCCGCUCUCCUAUGCGGGAACGGGACACAUACCGCAGAUGA